GGUCAACUCCGCUGUCCUCAGAACCGAGGGCAGUUAUGAGACGCAUAAUCAACAGUCGCAAGCCGCAGACUGCUCUAUCUUCUUCACCACGGACAAACCACCUACUUAACUCCUUGUGAUAGCCAUCAACAGCCACAACAACAGCUUGGACCGCAAUUAUGGUAUACACAGCGUCAUUCGCCUUCUUCGAGGCUUUGUGGGAGUAUGGAGUCAGCCAUGUGUUCGUCAACCUAGGAAGCGAUCAUCCCUCGAUUAUUGAAGCUAUUGUCAAAGGCCAGAAUGAAAAGAAGGGCCAGUUUCCCAAGAUCAUCACUUGUCCGAAUGAAAUGGUCGCGCUCUCAAUAGCCGACGGGUACGCUCGAUUAACCGGCAAACCUCAAUGCGUUAUCGUACAUGUCGAUGUCGGCACACAGGGCCUCGGUGCUGCGGUACACAACGCGUCUUGCGGACGGGCGCCAGUUCUCAUAUUCGCAGGUCUGUCCCCGUUUACCAUUGAGGGUGAGAUGCGUGGAAGCAGGACCGAAUACAUUCACUGGAUACAGGACGUGCCAGACCAGAAGCAGAUUGUGGCGCAAUACUGUAGGUAUACUGGCGAGAUCAAGACCGGCAAGAAUGUCAAGCAAAUGGUUAAUCGCGCACUAUCAUUCGCUAUGAGUGAUCCAAGGGGCCCGGUAUAUUUGUAUGGAGCGCGAGAGCCUAUGGAGGAGGACCUCACCCCAUAUAAGCUAGAGCUGGAAUACUGGCACCCAGUGGAGCCAACGGCUCUCCCGCCCAGUGGAGUCAAGACUAUCGCAGAAGCAUUAGUGCACGCACAGGAGCCGCUCGUGAUCACAGGGUACUCGGGCCGAAACCAUGCCUCUGUCCGAGAACUGGUACAACUAGCAGACAACAUCAAAGGAUUGCGAGUCCUGGAUACUGGAGGAAGCGACUUGUGUUUCCCAGCGAAUCACCCAGCGUGGCUCGGUCUGCGAUAUGGCAACGAUCCCAGCAUCAAGUCGGCCGACGUUAUCCUAGUCUUGGACUGUGAUGUGCCUUGGAUCAACACACAAUGCCAUCCGAAGGAUACCGCAAAGAUCUUCCAUGUCGACGUCGAUCCGCUAAAACAGCAGAUGCCUGUCUUCUACUUGAACGCCAUUCAACGCUAUCGCGCAGACUCGUACACAUCGCUAAGUCAGUUGAACGGUUACCUUGACUCGAAUCUCAAAGAGCAGCUAUCCACCCAGCAUUUCUCACAGCGAUGGUCAGCACUGCAAGAGUCACACAAGCAGAAGCUCGAAACCAUUGCCAGCGAAGCCAAGAUCGACAACAACGGUCAUUUCGGCACGCCAUAUCUUUGCUCGCAACUCAAGAAAUUCUGCCCAAAUGACACUAUCUGGGCCAUAGAGGCAGUCACACAGACCGGAUUUGUCGCAGAUCAAAUACAAGCUACUCUUCCCGGCUCGUGGAUUAACUGUGGAGGUGGAGGACUUGGGUGGUCUGGAGGUGGUGCCCUCGGGGUAAAACUCGCAACCAACACCGAAGGCCAGAAGCAGUUCGUAUGCCAGAUCGUCGGUGAUGGCACAUAUCUUUUCUCUGUCCCCGGCUCAGUCUAUUGGAUCUCACAGCGCUACAACAUCCCCAUCCUGACAAUCGUGCUCAACAACAAAGGCUGGAACGCACCACGAAGAUCCAUGUUGCUCGUUCAUCCAGAUGGCGAGGGUUCAAAGGUCAGCAAUGAGGAGCUAAAUAUCAGUUUUGCGCCAACUCCGGACUACUCGGGUAUUGCGAAAGCGGCCUCUGGUGGUGAGAUAUGGGCUGCGCACGCGAGUACUGCGGAUGAGUUGAGCAAAUUGUUACCGGAAGCUAUCAAGCAUGUGCUUGAUGGCAAAUCAGCGGUGCUGGACGCACAUCUGGAGGGCCCCGAGGGGAAGUAUGGGGGCGGUAAGGCUAAAUUGGGCUGAUUGUGUAUACUAAGACAAAUACGACAGCGUAUCAGCCAGCAGUUGUUGGGGG